AAAAAAUAAGAAGAUAUGGCCGAGGACCAGGAGAUGUCUGCUUCUGUUGUAGAUGGAAACAAUGCGGUCACCGGUCACAUCAUUUCCACAACCAUUGGAGGCAAAAAUGGAGAACCCAAACAGACCGUCAGUUACAUGGCAGAGCGUGUUGUGGGGACUGGGUCAUUUGGUGUUGUCUUUCAGGCAAAAUGCCUUGAAACUGGGGAGACUCUGGCUAUAAAGAAGGUAUUGCAAGACAGAAGAUACAAGAAUCGUGAACUGCAGUUGAUGCGCACGAUGGAUCAUCCUAAUGUGGUGUCUCUGAAGCAUUGUUUCUUUUCAACCACAACCAAAGAUGAGCUUUUUCUCAACUUAGUCAUGGAAUAUGUCCCAGAGACCAUGUAUCGGGUUCUGAAGCAUUAUAACAAUGUGAACCAGAGAAUGCCACUCAUUUAUGUCAAGCUUUACACAUAUCAAGUUUUCAGGGGACUGGCAUAUAUGCAUACUGUUCCUGGAGUAUGCCAUAGGGACUUGAAGCCUCAGAAUGUCCUGGUUGAUCCUCUCACACACCAGGUGAAAAUCUGCGAUUUUGGAAGUGCAAAAAUGCUGGUGAAGGGUGAAGCAAACAUAUCAUACAUUUGUUCGCGGUUCUAUCGGGCUCCAGAACUCAUAUUUGGUGCCACAGAGUAUGCGACUUCAAUUGAUAUAUGGUCAGCUGGCUGCAUUCUGGCAGAGCUUCUUCUAGGCCAGCCGUUAUUUCCCGGAGAAAAUGCAGUGGAUCAGCUUGUAGAGAUUAUCAAGGUUCUUGGCACGCCAACUAGGGAAGAAGUUCGCUGUAUGAAUCCGAAUUACAAUGAUUUUAGGUUCCCUCAAGUAAAGGCGCACCCGUGGCACAAGAUUUUCCACAAACGGAUGCCUCCUGAAGCAAUCGACCUCACUUCACGGCUAUUGCAAUACUCACCCAACCUUCGCUGCACAGCGCUAGAAGCAUGUGCACAUCCUUUCUUUGAUGAGCUUCGAGAAUCAAAUGUUCACCUAUCAAAUGGCCGCCUGUUACCACCCCUAUUUAACUUUAAACAGGAGUUAUCUGGAGCCUCUCCAGAGCUUGUUAACAGGCUGAUACCCGAGCAUGUGAGAAGACAAAUGGGUUUGCAUUUUUUGCACCCCACGGGGGAAUCAACAUGAACUUGGAGCAUGGAUUGAAUUAUACUAACUGGAGAAGUACAUAGAAGGCAGCUUGAUGACUGCACUGCCUUUGCCUGAUGCUUUGUUUAUGCUAUUUUCUUUUCCUUUUAGCCUCUCUCUCUCUCUCAGCUGAAAGAAAGUAAAAGAAGACUCUUUUUCUGUAAAUAUUUGGUAGUAAGUGAUCAUAGCAGAAGAAGAGGAAGUGUAUGGAUGACGAGGAAGGCCCCAAAAAGAGCAGCCGAAGCAAAGAUGUGAGGUUUUAUGCUUGAUUGUGAUUUACUGACUGUGCGAAGGAACGCCAUUGCUCUUGUUUGUACCUAUGCUAUAAUUUUGCCUUUUAGUCCCCGGAUUCCAAAGGUUGUAUACCUAUUUGUUGAGACGAGAAAAUUGAGAAUGAUCCAUGUAUGUGUUUGUGUAGAUUUCAUGUCAAAACAUGAUUACUAUGCAGUUUUCUUGAGCUGUGUUGAACUUACUCAUGGUAGAUAAUCUAUCAUUGCAGGAAAUUGUAG